UUUUUAGACAAGUGUGUUUAUAUCUAGGCAAAUAUGCAGACUCUAUAUUCAUGUAUCCACUAUUGGCUAGUUGAACAUCCAAGCAUUAGCCAAUUUGAAUGGAAACAAGGCCACAAUUUGGGUUCCUCAUUACUUUUCCCCAUAGUUUCAAUCUUUAUGUACUUGUCACUCACUCUAUUUUCAGUUCACUUCUCUCAACACCUCCACAAACUCUCUACCACCACCCUCCACCGGAUCACCGCGGUACACAGCCUCAUCCUCUGCCUCCUCUCUUUUAUCAUGUUGGUCGGAUGUAGCCUUUCCGUUAUCCACCAAAUGCCCCACAACGACUUGAAGUGGCUUUUUUGCUUCCCGGCUAAUCAUACUCUUCCACGUGGACCCUUGUACUUCUGGGCUAAUGUAUUUUACCUUUCAAAGAUCAUUGAAUUCAUAGAUACUUUUCUUAUCAUACUUAGUACUUCGAGGUCACGGAGACUCACAUUCCUCCACGUGUACCAUCAUGCUAUGACACCAAUUAUCUUUUAUCUUGCAAUUUGUAAUGCAUUUUCGACUGUUCAUUUUGGGGUAAUUACAAAUACUUUCGUUCAUGUUAUAAUGUAUGGUUAUUACUUUUUUUCUGCAAUUGGGAAGAAGCCAACAUGGAAGAGGAUUGUCACAAACUGCCAGAUUUUUCAGUUCAUCUUUUACUUCCUGUGUGCGGCAGCAGUCAUUUAUUAUCACCUCACUACUGAGAUUGGAUGCUCUGGUUGCCUUGGAACUUUAUUCUGCAAUUUGACUUUUAACACAUCACUUUUGCUUCUUUUUCUGGACUUUCAUUUCAAGAACUAUUCCAACAACAUCAUCAAAGACCGUGAACAUAAGCUGCAUAGGUUCAAGUCAAAUAUUUGGCUUUUAGGGUCAGGGACUGCAGUCAGCGGAUCACUUUUUAAGAAUAAGGAACUAGCGGUGAAAAAAUAUUCACAGCUAAUUACAGCAAAAAUCCCAAGUUAUUCCUAUUUGGCAACGGAACAUAAGCUGCAUGCUGGAUAGAUAGAAACUAUGUUGCUUGGACUCUUCAAAUAUGCCGACGGGUGCGGGUCGGAUCUUCUAAAAAUAGUGUAUUUUUGAAGGAUCCGACACAGGUGCGACAACUUUUGUGGAGAAUCCGACAACUUAGGACAGAAAUAAGUUGUUAGCUUCUAGCUGGCUAGUUCGGUUUAGUUUCAACAUGCCUAUGUAAUACAUAGUUACAUCUUUAUCUUACUACUAUUAGAAAAAACAAUAAUAAUAUAAUGACGUGAUUUG